AUGCAGUCUAAAAUAAGCGCUUUCUUCAAAUCUUCUUCUUCCUCUUCAGCUUCAGCUUCUGCUUCUGCUUCUGUCUCCCAUCCAAAACCCCUUCCCCACGACAAUGACGAUCCUCUCACCACGUGGGAGAACACGAAGCAUCACGUCUUCAUCACUUACACCAAGAAAACGCGCCCCAACCCUAAGACUGCUUCUUCUUCCUCUUCACCGUCCACCGCCACCGCCAUAACCGGAACAACUGUCGUUAAGAACAAGAAGAGGAGCUACGCCCAGGUUCAUCUCGAUUUCGGUCAAUCCGAUUUCCUCUUGCGAACUUGUUCCACCUGCGGCUUCAAUUUCACUCCCGGCGACCUCGACGGCGAGAAGUCGCACAACGAUUUCCACAAAUGCUACACUCAGGGGAUCCCUUUCAGAGGUUGGAGCAAUGAAAGGGUUCUGAUGAUGCCAACCCUCAAAACGGAUCGAAUCGUUUUGGUCUUGGACACUGACCCUCCUGCUCACAGAAACAAGGUUGAAGAUGUGGUGAGAAUGAUGGAAAUUGAGCUUGGAACUGGAUGGAUUCUUCAUCAAAUCUGUAAGGUCUAUCUGUUCAUAUCUCAGCAUAGGAUUGUAGGGUGUCUAGUUGCUGAACCAAUCAAAGAAGCAUUUAAAGUGAUCUCUUCUUUUACCGGACAUUCUGAUAUUGGAAAGAAAAGGGAAACAAAAUCAACCACUCUCCAGUUUGGGAGUAUAGUUUUUCAAAGAGAGGUCAAGAAAAGAGCAGUUUCAGCGAAUAACUCUGAUGUGAUGGAGCUUGGUGGGGCAAUUUUCUGCGAAGACAAGGCAGUUGCAGGUGUUUGUGGCAUUCGAGCCGUUUGGGUUACUCCCUCCAACAGGAGAAAACACAUUGCAGUCCAUAUGCUAGAUGCAGUGAGGAAAAGCUUCUGCGCUGGCUCUGCACUUGAGCGCACUCAGCUAGCUUUCUCUCAGCCAACCUCAUCUGGAAAGGCAUUAGCUUCUAGUUACACUGGCACUGGAUCAUUCUUGGUGUAUAAAGCUGAUAAAACAGUUGUAGAUAGAGAAAAAGGAACCCAACAAACAACCCAUACUUUGAUUACUGAUUAG